AUACAUUAAUUUUUUUUCCUACUAAAAUUAAUCCAACCAGGACUUUCUUUGGCCAAUUCUCCGGUCCGAACCAUUGAACAACCGAACCCGCCCAAUAUGAGAUGCUCCCAGAUCGGUCCUCCGUAAAAGGCGGAAAUACGUUUCGGGGUGCCAUCGGUAGGACUCGGAUCCGACAGCUGCCUAAAGUCUCUAGAUCCUUCUGGAAUUCGCACCAGAUAGAGCCGACGAAUUGGCUGAGCGCGCAUCUCUCAUUUCGUUCGCGGAUCUGUAACUCCCGAGUCUACCGGCGGAUAAUCGCCAUGGCCGACGAGCAGAAGCAUGAAGGUCCAAGCACAAGUACUGGUUCUGAAGGAAGGUCCGAAUCCAUUGUGAAUAUCAAUAUCAAGACCUUAGAUUCUCAGAAUCACGCCUUUGAAGUGGACUCUAAUAUGCAAGUUUCUGCGUUCAAGGAAAAAUUAGCAACUCGACUUGGUGUCCCUGUUGCACAGCAACGUCUGAUUUUCCGUGGGAAAGCUCUGAUGGACGAUCACCUUCUUUCUGAAUACAAUUUGGAGCAUGGAGACACACUGCACUUAGUAAUCAGACAGCCUUCUCAAUCACAAUUCUCAGCCACUGCAAGCAAUGGGGAAUCUGCUCCGAGUAUUGGUGUUAGAGGACAAGAACCUACUACUAGUGGACCUCGCGCUCGUGUUGGACACUUUUCACAGAGUGUAGUAUUAGGCACUUUCAAUGUUGGUGACCAAGGACAAGGCCUUGUUCCAGAUCUAAAUCGGGUUAUUGGGGAUGCUCUGAGCUCUAUUGGACUUGGGAACCAGAUUGGUGGCCACCAUCCUGGCAUGCAGGUUAAUGCUCCCAAUUCUUCCCCACAAGGAAAUGAAGCACAAAAUGUACCAAGAAAUUCUGGUUCCCAAAAUCAGCACUGGCAGCCAGGGCAACCAUUUCCUAGUCAAAGUGGAGGCAUUCAAAUCCCUAUUGGAGCAGCGAUAUCUAUUCCUUCACUGAUGCCAAUUCCAGACUCUCUGCACACGCUGACAGAGUUUAUGAAUCACAUGGAGUCUGUACUAUCCCAUAAUGCAAGUCAGCCAAACCAGUCAACUGCCAAUUCAUCUGGUACAGCAUUGCCUACAAAUUCUCGUGGUCAGUCAACUCCAGAGACACUGCGCAUGGUUUUACGGCAUACAGAGCGUCUAGUUGGAAGCCAUGUUACAUCUGCAUUAUCCCGCAUUGCAGGACGUUUGGAGCAAGAUGGGAAUUCAACUGACCUUACAGUAAGAGGACAAAUACAGGCAGAAUCUGUGCAAUUAGGUCUUGCAAUGCAGCACUUGGGUGCUCAGUUCCUAGAGCUUGGAAGGACAAUGUUGACAUUGCGUAUGGGACAGUCUCCUGCUGAAUCUUCAGUCAAUGCUGGUCCUGCUGUUUACAUUUCUCCAUCAGGGCCAAAUCCCAUAAUGGUUCAGCCUUUUCCUCUUCAAACAUACUCUCUGUUUGGUGGCUCUACAUCCGGCCCACCUAAUCCAAUAGGAGGUGGCUUCAGUCCUUUUGGAAUUGGCCACACAACAAGGAAUGUAAAUAUACACAUACAUACUGUUGGUGCUAGACCAACCAAUUUAGGUGGAACUGAAGGUGAUCAAGCCAGUGGGACUGGUACUGGUGAUUCUAGUCAAUCCAGAGCUCCACCAAGAACUAAUGCUGGAGCUGCUGAUCCAUCAAGAGCUCACAUGCCCUUUUCUGGUGCUUCACAAGCUGGUCAACCUGAAAGCACAACCGUUCUGGACCAAUCUAUGUGUUCAGAUGCUGAAACUGGAACUAGGAAGUCUAGCGAACAUCUGCAAAUGUCAAAUGAGCCGAAUGAGAGUGCUGCAGGAGGUUCUCAGGGAAUGAAUCACUCUGGUAGCUCAUCUACUGCUCCUAUUGGACUGGGGAUAGGGGAUUUGCAGCCUAAGCAAAUGUCAAAUGAGCUAAAUGAGAGUGCUGCAGGAGGUUCUCAGGGAAUGAAUCACUCUGGUGGCUCAUCUACUAUUCCUAUUGGACUGGGGAUAGGGGAUUUGCAGCCUAAGAGACGAAUUAGGCAAUCCAAAUCACAGGCAAGAAGUGCUGAUACUGCGGCUUCCUCCUCCAGUCAGGAUGAACAAUCUGUGAGAGAUGGACAACAGAUUCUGCAAUCCCUUGCAUCUCUGAAUCCAGGCCUGCCCUCCCACCCGGCCAGGGGCACUACAUAUAAUUCCAGCUUUGGAGGGAAUGAGCAACCUGCCAUUUCAAAUGUGAUGUCACAAAUGCUUCAGAGCCCGGCUUUAAGCAAUUUAUUGGGAGGGAUCUCUCAACAAACUGCUCUCGGUUCUCCUGAUGCCUUAAGGAGUAUGAUGCAGCAAGUAACACAGAGCCCAGGGCUGAUGAACACCGUCAACCAAAUCGCACAGCAGAUUGACCCACAAGAUCUUGGAAGCAUGAUUUCAGGUUUGCGUGUGGGCCAGGGCGGCGGCAGCAGUAGUGUUGAUUUUUCCAGUAUGCUUCAGCAAUUGAUGCCACUUGUCUCACAAGCUCUUGGUGGUGCUUCAAUCCCAGCAGCUUCCGAACCAGCUCCAAGAACAGAAAUCAGGCAGAGUGAUAUUGGUUUGACCAGAGAUGAGACGAUGCCCACCGAUCAAAGUUAUCAGGCAGGACUCCAAGACGUGGCUAGAAGGAUUGAAAACGGCAACCCCCCCGAAGACAUAUUUCGCUCCAUAGUUGAAAAUGCUGUCCAGGCUCAUCCCGGUGGAAGCAGCGACGAGAAUGAGAAUCUCGUGAAUGAUUUGUGCAGUACAGAAGGCCUUGCGAAUGAAUUUAUGGAGGUUCUGCAACAAGAUGUUUCCCGGCGUCUUAGGGAUGAAGCAAAGCCCCCCAGAAAGCCGUAAGUUAGAAUCAUUAGAUUCUAGCAUUUGCAUCCCCACAUGAUGCUUCAAGGGUUUGUUUGAAGAUUACCAUUUCAUAUAUUCGUCUUAAAUUUUGCAAACAUUUAAAAUGAAUAGGGCAAAGUUCUUUUGACACGCACCUUGGGUGUCAUUUGAGUGCUCCGCGGUGCUACUUUAGGACCAAAGUGGUUCCUACUCCCUAACUUCCCUACAAACCCCCAACCCCUGUAAAAGCAUUUCGACAUUUCUAGGGGAUAGGGUGUUGGACCCACUUAAGGGUCAGACAGUACUGCCGGCCGGGCUCUGCUCUGGUGUCAAAAGAUUCUAGGAACCGUUUAGUCCGUAUUUAUUUUGUCAUAUUUGAGGCCACUGUGGGGUAGUUAGGCAAGAGCUAAGAAUGGAUGCAGUGACUUGCCACU